UCCCAGCCCUCCAAGCGCGGCAUCAUUGGAGGUGUCGACAACCGCGUUCUCUGGAACAACAAGGACUACCCGUACCGUGCCAUGGGCAGAAUCGCACUCUCCAACGGCGCAAUCUGUAGUGGUGCCUUGAUCGGUUCCCGCCACGUUGUCACAGCUCGCCACUGCAUCCCAGAGAAUGGAGCGACUGCCCGCUUCCAGCCCGCCUAUGACAACGGCGAGGUCCUCGGCGGCUACGACGUGAUCCGUAUCUUCCGUCCUGACUACGGCCAAGAAGGCUGGUGCGCCAAUGCCUACGACUGGGCCAUCUUCGUCCUGGGCGAGAAGGCUGGAUCCACCAACGGCUGGCUUGGGCUGAAGACGGUGAACCCUGACACUCAGCUUAACCGCGCCAUGUUCUUCCACUACGGAUACCCUGGUGACAAGGGCGGCCAGCAGGCUUACCGUCAAGAGGCUAUCACGGCUUCGUCCGCAACGCUGUGCGACAGGGGCUCCCCUGUUGUGACUGACGCCGAUGCUCAGGGCGGACAGUCUGGAGGUCCUUUCUGGAUUAAUGAGAAUGGAGAUCGGUAUCUCUAUGGUGUUGUCGUCGGAACCAAUGACCAGAUCACGGUUGUUGCCGGAGGCCCGUCCCUGCUUGAGGGCUACGGAAUCUUGUUGAAGGACUACCCU